GCCCAUGGGCCUGUAAGAAGAUCUGGGUAAAAUUUAAAGCUUCUAAUGAUUAUAAUUGAUUAAAAUCGUUAAUACACUAAACAGAAUUGUCAGACAGAUGAAAUGCAAUGGGUAGUUGGUUUUCAACACAGAGUUCAGAAUCAAUUUUCCUAAUUGGCAAAUUAAAUGGGAAACCACUUGAUGAAAGACAUUUCUUUAACCUCAGUCAAGUAUACUUAGAUCAAGUGGAUGGAAGUGGAGAUAUCUCUGUUAUUAAAACAGACAAAAAUGGUAAAAAUAUUGACAGUGAUUCACAAAUAUUCAAACCAUUACCAAAAAAGAAGAAAUUAUUUUGUCAUCAAACAUAUGUUCAGUGGAGAUCCAGUUUGGAUUUAGAAUUUUUAAAACAUUUAUUUAUAUCACCAAAAAGAGUAAUAUAUUUAGUGCAGAUAAAUGACUUCCCAGAUUUCGUCAAGAAUUUCAGAAUAAAUUUGCAGUCAAACUCAUACACAUUAUUUCAAUUCAUUGAGGAAUUUUUAAAGAUUUAUUACAUGGGAAUGGAUGUGCAAUGGUUGGAUAAAAUCAACUUAGAAAACACAGACUGGAAUAUUAAAGAAAGGUGCAAUAAAGUAACUGAACAGCUUCAGUAUUUAGUGACAGAUUUCUUUGCUCCUCUACAAAAUGUCAACCCCUCUGAUGGCUAUUGCAUUAUGGGUAUGACAUGGACCGAUUUAUAUCCUGAAGAGAAGUAUAACUUUGCUUUAGGAGAAGCUUCCUGUAAACAUAAGUCAGGUGUAUUUAGUUUUGGAAGAUGUCCACCAUCAACAUUUGACCCUACAAAUCCUAAAGAUAUAACUGAAAUCACCUCUGAAAUAUUGUGGAAAUUAUUGAAGGUUUCCAGUCAUGAAAUAGGACAUCUGUUUGGACUUGAACAUUGUGAGUUCUUUCUGUGUCACAUGAACGAAAGUUUGUCAAUGGACGAUGCUAUGAACCAACCAUUGUUUUAUUGUCCAGUCUGUUUACACAAAAUCCAACAUGUAUGUCAGUUCAGUGUAGCUGAGAGAUACCAGAAGUUAGAAACAUUUAUAUCAGAUAUACAUCAACAAUUUCCAUCAGAGAAGUGGACACAGAGUCUCAAAUUUCUUAAGAAAUGUAGAGAAUUUUUAUCAAAAGAAGAAAUUGUUCAAUAAAUGUAAAUCAGA